GGAACGUAUCACUUCUCUAUGUUGGCGGAGGUUUUCACUCUGUGAUCCCAAACGUCAACUGUCCCGUUGCGGAUAAAGUUCGUCUUUUUCCCACGUGUUUUUAGUUUGAACAGUGGUGGUUCACUAUUUCACGUAAAAAUGUCUAAAAGAGGACGUGGUGGUUCCGGAGGAGCCAAGUUCAGAAUUUCCUUGGCUUUGCCCGUAGGAGCUGUGAUUAAUUGCGCAGAUAACACAGGAGCCAAAAACUUGUAUGUCAUUGCAGUUCAAGGUAUUGGCGGUAGACUCAACCGUCUCCCAGCUGCUGGUUGUGGUGAUAUGCUGGUAGCAACAGUUAAGAAGGGUAAACCAGAGUUGAGAAAGAAAGUCAUGCCAGCAGUAGUCAUAAGGCAACGUAAACCUUUCCGCAGGAAGGAUGGUGUUUUUAUAUAUUUUGAGGACAAUGCUGGUGUGAUCGUCAACAACAAAGGAGAAAUGAAAGGCUCUGCGAUAACAGGACCAGUUGCUAAGGAGUGUGCAGAUUUGUGGCCAAAAAUUGCUUCAAAUGCCGGUUCUAUAGCAUAGUCUUUAAGCAAAUGUACCAUCUAAUAAAACUCCUUAAAAACAAA